GGUGAUCACAGAUACAAGUAAUUUCCAUGGGAGAAUUUCAAGGUUCGUAAAGCAUCACUUGCUUGACUUACUUGUGACAGCUGACUGUUAAUAGUAACUCACAGGUUUGAUGUGUAGCAGAGCAGUGUAUUUCCUGGUUUCCAUUUUGAAUUCUUUCUGAUGAGCUCAUAUGAUAAGAGCAGAGCUGUGUAUCACCACACAAGAUCUUUUUCCACUCUGCAUGUGAACUGAUUAGAAUCUCCCUUGUUCCUCUUUCAACUCUCUUUCUCUUUGUUUAAAUUUGUCAUGAGAAGCUUCAACAUUUUUGCAUAUAUCUUAUUUUUAUUACUCCAGGCUUUUUAUUCUCAGACAGACACCAUGUAACUGAUUCAUCUCAAGCGAUGAUGAACUGUUUGAAACCUGAUCUAACUUUUUUAAUGAAGCUUUGAAUCUAGAAUCUCAAGUAUUUUAUCACCAUUUCUGCCAUUCUGUAUCAGAUUGAUCGUUUGUUUGUUUUUUAUAUUGGAAUAAUAGAUAUUACAUAUUACAUUAUAUGUGUUACUAUCCAGAUUUUAGAGGAAUACUGCAGAAUGGAAAAAGCUCUCAAUCCUGCCAUCUAUUGGAUAAAUAGCAGCGCAACAUGUUGGGUAAUAACAGCACAGGUGAACCACAUGAAAACUAAUUUGUAGGAGGGUCGGUUUUUAUUUCAAGCUGAGUUUUACGCUGACUUGUUUGUGCUAGUGGCAGCCUCUGGCAGCCUACUACAACCUGCUUAACAGCAAAUUCAAACACAGACAUAUGAACAAAUCAAUAAAUCCCAGAGGUGCUCUGAAUCGCAAAAAAGUCUGAACGUCUGUGGUUACACGAUAACUGCGCAAACCCCACAUGUUAACCAGGACUGCGUGAGAGCUCCAAACCAAGCAGUGCUUCUCUAUUGUUAUUGAACUGGAGUUGAACCAGCCCCGCAGCCCCCUUUCUCUUUCAUCCUGCCUGCUGUGAAAUCAUGUCCAGGCGAAGCAUCCAUCAAACAACCUCCACCACACACUUGACCUCUGCGCCUGCAAGACGAUGGGCGUUGCUCAGUGCUCACACAGCCGCAUCGUCACCAUGGAUAAACCUCCUGACUGUCAGUCUGAGUGAGGAAGAAUCAGCGUUUUGGCCAUUUUUAAGCAAACAUUUGACGCAGACUGACAAAACAUUUUUACUUAUGAGUUGUGUGAGCCGAGAGUAAAUACAUUCUCUAUUGCAAAGACGUCAAACACAAAUCUAAAUACACAUAUAAAGGUUAUACAACAUUGCUCCACAUCAAACAUAGUGUUGUACAACACUAUGUUGAGUCUAUGUGUGAGAAACAAAGACCGUAUAUGCACUCAGUGCUGCAGGAUGAUGCUACUCUGCUGGUCUACAGUGUUGCUCUGUCUGUUGGCCAGUGCAGAGCACACUGCAGUGUGUCGAGUGUGAGAGUGUCACCUUGGAGUGUUCCUUCACAGAAUCUCCCAAUAGCAAUGAUGAGUUAAUCGGGAUGUAUCUGUAUCACAAUGCAAAGACACAGGAAGAGGUGCUGUACUAUCACUCCAGCCCAGGACCUGAAAAAAUUUCACCACGAAUCAGAUACUUCAAGAGGGUUGAGAAAAAAGGAUCUCUGAAGAACCACACCAUCACCAUCAGCAAUCUGACCGUGGAGGACUCUGGUAUCUACAGAUGUGUCUACAAAAAAAAUGUCCAAAGUGAAGACAUAUGCAAUGUCUACAUACUUGUUGUAUCAGAGCACACUGCAGUGUAUCAAGUGUCUGGUGAGAGCGUCACCUUGGAGUGUUCCUUCACAGAAUCUCCCAAUAGCAAUGACGAGUUAAUCGGGAUGUAUCUGUAUCAUGAUGCAAAGACUCAGGAACAGGUGCUUUACUAUCACUCCAGCCCAGGACCUGAAAAAAUCUCCCCACGAAUCAGAUACUCCAAGAGGGUUGAGAAAAGAGGAUCUCUGAAGAAGCACACCAUCACCAUCAGCAAUCUGACCGUGGAGGACUCUGGUAUCUACAGAUGUGUCUACAAAAAAAAUGUCCAAAGUGAAGACAUACGCAAUGUCUACAUACUUGUUGUAUCAGCUUAUGUCCGUCACAUCUACCCCUUUAAAAACUGUGACCGAUGUCAGGCCUGGUGUCCACGACAGUACAAAGUGGCACCAUAUUCUGUAUCAAAAAAAGAGUCUGAACCUGAUGGCAGUGAGGAGUGUCUACCCCUGAUGUUAAUCAUUGGUGUCACCUCUGCCGUCAGCAUAAUGGUCACCAUGAUCUUCACUUGGCUCAUUGUCCCAAAGGUGAAACAAUGGACCAGCAGGAGAAGAAUAAGAAAUGUCCCGCAGCAGUCCAAUGAGUAUGUGUAUGAAAUUAUGACCAAGAAUGGCCUCUGUCCUCUAGGAGCUUCAGAUUAGUCAUCGCCAAGCCCAUAUGAUUUAAAUAACCAUGUCAACAGGGGACUAUAAUCUCACACAAGCUCUUAGUGAGUGUAUUGAACAAAUCAAUGAUUGGAUGUACCGUAAUUUUCUUCAAUUAGACAAAGAUGAAACUAAAGUAAAUGUUUAUGGAACUGAGUGAAUAACAAUUAAAAGUCAGUGCUCAGCUUAAUAAUGACAAAUCAAGCUAGAAAUCUUGGUGUAGUCAUGGACUCAGAUCUGAUAUGUAACACCCACAUCAAGACAUUUGUUUUAGAUGCCUAUUGAUUUUGAAGGUAUCAUAAAUCUAUGUUUGCAGCCAUAUGAUAUCAAUCUUUAUUUCUUCUUUGAAUACAGUCUUUUAUUAAUUAUUUCCCAAAAUAUGAGGUGUUUGUCACUUAUGGACAUGAAGAUAUUAAGAAUAAAACUGGACAUGGUAGCAUUUUUCAGUCAUUUUCAUAGGAUCAAAAUGGUAUGUGGGGCAGUUGAAAGUAACAUGAAAAUGUAUGUGGAAACAACUUAAUGAAAGGUUAUUUAGUGUCACUGUCCUUCCAUGUUCCCUUCGUAGAUAAGAACACAUCGCUAAAAACAUUGUUUAGUAUGGAAGCCCAUAUCUACCACUGUGAUGAAAGAUCCUAUAAAUGUUAUAAUACUUGGUUUUAUACUCAAUAUUGUUUUUUUCCAUUCACCUCAUGUAUAUCUAAUUUUCCAUUUAACUCUUUAAUUUCUAUUUAAAUGCAUUUUAUAUUCUCUUAUAUUUAGCUUUUACAUUUUGUCUUCAUACCUGUGCCAUGUGCCAUACAAUUAAAUUUGCAAAAUUCAGAACACAUUAUGAUGAUUGAUGGCCCAUUUUCAAAUGAUGUCAGUAAACUUACAAACAAAAUAUAAAAUAUAUAUUUUCAACAGCUAAACACUGAGCUUUUAAACCACCUAACAGAGUUUAAUUCUUAAUAUAAUUAAUGCUGAUUAUUAUUAUUAUUUUUAUUUUUAUUUUUUGUCUAUAUUUGCCUGCUUGAGUAAAAGUAACAGAGUAAAUGCUUAACAAAGCUUUUGAGCUGGAUUUUCAAGGGUUUAUGCUCUGUAAUAAUUAGAAAUAAAAUUUAGUCUGAAACACAUCCAAGUGAACUGUGAACAACACAUGGUAAUAUUAUAGGGAAAAGGAAUCAUCUCAACGAUUAAUCAAACCAACUCAUGAAUGUUUCUGUAUGGAGUACGAUAGAACUGUUACAGGGGAAACAAACAAAUCAAACUGAGUGCACAAACUAAAAGAUGAACAGGCAGGAAGGCUGUGGGAAAGAGCUGAGUACGUAAAUAACCGUAUAUGUGGUCACAAACCCACGCACAUGUCAAGGGAGGUAGGGACAGUGAGUGACAGAUUUGCAUGUCUAAGUAGAAUGCUCAUGUAACAUAUAAAUACAAAUCUAAUAUAAUCCAUGUAAUUGACUAAGUAAUUGGGUUAAAAGUCGAUAGUAAAAAUGCUAAUGAAGGGGAAGAUUGCUACUAUAAAUCAAUUUCGAUGUUAAUUAUUCUAUCAUUCUUAUAAAAAUUAAUAAUAUGUUCUAUGAUAUUGUGAUUAUUCUUGUUUCAUACACACAAUAAAGCUACUGCCUACCAUAUAUAA